UCCUGGUCGAUCUCCGAGCACCCCGGCAGGAGUUGACCAGAGACGCGAAAACAUUUUGUAUUUUAGGCAAACCAUCUAUCAAUAGACAUGUUUUUGGACUUGGACGCCAGUGGAUUCGCCAAGCCGACGGUUGGAGUCGUGAUAGCAGUUAUUUCUAGUUUAAUAAACGGCUCGACGUUUGUACUGCAGAGAAAGGGAAUAUUACUCUCGCGAGAAAGAGGUGUUUCGUACCUCAAAAAUGUGGUUUGGUGGAGUGGCACUCUGUCCAUGGUUGUAGGUCAAAUUGGGAAUUUCCUGGCCUACAACGCGGCCCCCGCUGUGAUGGUCACGCCACUGGGGGCCCUGGGGGUUCUGUUUGGGGCCGUGCUGUCGUCGUGGAUCCUGGGGGAGCACAUGAACGCCCUGGGGAAGGUCGGCAGCGUGUUGUGUUGCGGCGGCUCCGUGGUGCUCGUCCUGCACGCGCCCGCCUCAGAGAGCAGCGUGACGUCACAACAGGAGCUGGAGGAGAGGCUGGCCGACCCAGUCUUGCUGACUUUCAUGCUGGCGGUGGUGCUGAUGCUGGCGGUGCUGAUGGGAUGGAUGGUUCCUCGGUACGGCCGCUCCAACAUGGCGGUCUAUGUGUCCAUAUGCUCCCUGCUGGGCGUCUUCACUGUGCCCAGCAGCAAAGGACUCGGCCUGGCGGCACGCCACGUCUUUGGCGAGGAACCACGUGACGGCCACGCCCUCGCCCUCUUCCUGGGGCUUCUGGGAACGCUGGGCGCCGGCGUCCUGCUCCAGUUCUUCUACAUCAACAAGGCGCUGGAGUCCUUCCGCUGCGACACCUUCGAGGCCGUUUACUUCGCCGCCUUCACCUGCGCGGUCCCGCUGGCGUCGGCGCUGGUGUUCAGGGAGUGGGCGGCACUGACGGCCUCCGACGGCCUCGCCGUACUUUGUGGCGUCACCACGGUGUGCGUCGGCGUCGCUCUGCUCAGAAUGUCUCAGGAGGACACGAGGACUCGCCAGAAGACGGACUGAUUGUGGUUCUUACACCUUACUCUGCUUACUCACUACUAAGGACACAUGUUACUUUUAAACAUAAUUAAAAAGUCACUUUGGUUCAA